GUGUUACGCUAAGGUAUGCGUCAUGUUUUUAUCUGUUUCAGGCACAUCACGCUUCUCAUGAUUGGUCUUGACAACUCUGGAAAGACAUCGACAACAAAACACCUGUUGAGAGAGGGCAAUCCCGAGGACGUGGUUCCGACGGUGGGCUUUUCAAGCGUCCAGACGGAGCGCUGCGGCUUCCACGUGACUCUCUGCGACCUGGGCGGCGGCGCCAAGAUCCGCGCCAUCUGGGAGCGCUACUACGCGCUCGCCCAUGGUCUGGUGCUCGUGGUGGACGCAUCGGCGACGCACCGAGCACCGGAGUGUCGCCGCACCGUCGCGCAGGUGCUGGCCGACCCGCGCAUCGGCGGGAAGCCUCUGCUCGUAUUGCUCAACAAGCAGGACCUUGAGACGGCCGUCGACGAAAUGGAGAUGUGCUCUCUGCUAGACCUGGAGAAUAUGGUCAACCAGCACAAGUGCCCCACCCGAGUGGAGAACUGCUGCGCCAUCAGAUUCAGCGGUCGAACGCGCAAGAGAGAUCCGGGCAUCGAUAAAGGAUUUCAUUGGCUCCUGGGUCACAUUUCCCGCAACUGGGAAGAGCUCAAGGACAGGGUGGAACGGGACACAGCGUUGCAGCACGACCACGAAGAGAAGGACAAAGCGGAACGCCUCGCCAGGGUCCAAAAGGCGAGGGAGCUAAGGGCCAAGGCAAGUAGAAAGGAAGGCAGCAUACCUGAAGAUGAAGGUGACAAGAACGGCAAUAAAAUAGCCAGUUUCGAGCGUGAGCAGGAUGAAGUCACGGCUGAACGUCCUGGGGAGGAAGAUCCACCGAAUGAGAGGAAGAUGGAGACACCCGACGGCGCCCGCGUGAUAGUAGUCAGUCCCGUUCAGCGCCAUCCGACAACCGGCGAGGAAGAUAAGCGCAGCCUGUGCGAAGGUCGUUGCGAGGAGCAGCUCUCAAAUGACCACCGUCCGUCCACGCCCUCGAACAAGAUGCUGGGACUUUCACUCUACAUCUCAGAGGCAUCUUGUCCAUCGAUGACUCAGAUAGAGAUGUGACUGCUCGCCGUGCACGUGUUGAACUUGCUCUCUCUUUUUACGCUGUGCAACGUCAUGUCUGCAUUUCUUUCCUUUUGUGCCCCACUCUCUAUCUUGGCAACAAUUAUGCAGACUUUGUGUGAAACCCCAUAGCACUGAACACCUGUAACCUGUUUAUUAUUCUAUCAGCCAUCUCUGCUCAGCCAUACUGCCGAGGCGUGACAUGUCAACACAUCCUAGAUAACUGUACUCAGGAAAAAAAAAAGAAAAAAAGAUAAACCCGUGCCUUUGAAAAUCAGGCAGUGUAUUGAACCACUUUGUGCUCUAUAUAGGCUUUUGUGGAAAUGAAUUUAUACGGGUGUCACAUGGCGCACUUUUGAUUGCGAUCAAGCCCGAUUCGGAUCGAAUUUCUCGGUCGUGAUUGACUUCUUUGCGCAAGCUGCGUGAGGGAGCCAACUGCAGUCGAGAAUUUCGAUCCGGAUUGGGCUUGAUCGCGAUCAAAAGUGGUCGUGUGACACCGGUGUUGCAGAAUAUCGUACAAGGGUUUGCAUUCUCUUAUUGCCCAUGCGUUUGGCAAUUUAAGACUGGGUAUUGCAAACUAUUUAUCAGAUUAUAUGUCUCACGAAUGUUGGUUGACUCCUAAGUUUACAGACACAUCCUGGUAAAUGUGUGCUCA